UUACUUAAUCGUUUUUCUGCCCCUUAGUUUCUAUAUGGUAAGCAUCAUUUACCUUGAAUGUUCACUUCAAUUCACUGCUCAUUACUCAAAGAUGGGUUCAUUUGGAGCCACUAAAUCUCAUGCGGUAUGUGUUCCAUUUCCAGCACAAGGCCAUGUUAACCCCAUGAUGCAACUAGCUAAGAUCUUGCACUCAAGAGGGUUCCACAUAACCUUUGUUAACACCGAGUUCAACCAUGGGCGCUUGAUCCGGUCUAGAGGGGAAGAAGACGUUAAGGGUCUGCCGGAUUUCCGGUUCGAAACCAUUCCAGAUGGGCUGCCGCCUUCUGAUCGUGAUGCAACGCAAGAGGUUCCAUCACUAUGCGAAUCCACAAGGAAGACUUGCUUCGCUCCAUUCUUGGAACUAAUAGCUAAGCUAAAUUCCUCACCCGAACUGCCUCCUGUUACUUGCAUAGUUUCUGAUGGAAUCAUGAACUUCGGUAUCAAGGCUGCUGAUGUACUAGGCGUACCAUACGUUCAGCUCUGGACUUCUUCAACUUGUGGGUUUUUGGGCUAUUUGAAGUACAGAGAACUAAUCGAAAGAGGCAUUGUUCCAUUCAAAGGUACGAUAUAUAUAUUUAAGAUUGUCUCUUUGCAACGAUCUCUUAGCCUGCUACGUUAUUUGCAGCUAUGGAUUGAAUGUCUGAAAAUAGAUUCUCAUUAUCCAUGUUCGGAUGAAAAUUUCGUUAGUGAUGGGACUCUUGAUAUGCCGAUUGAUUGGGUCCCCGGUACGAGUAACAUGCGCCUCAAGGAUAUUCCAAGCUUCAUCAGAACCACCAAUCCCGACGACAUUAUGUUAAAUUUCGCCAUGUCAGUUACAGAAGAAUGCUUAAAAUCUUCUUCAAUAAUUUUCAACACAUUUGAUGAGUUAGACGAAGAAGUGUUAGAAGUCAUUGCAGCCAAAUCCCCUGAUAAUUAUGCAAUUGGUCCACUUAGCUUGCUUAGUAGGCAAAUUCCAGAGAGCCAAUGCAAGUCACUAAAUUCAAGCUUAUGGAAAGAAGACGCAAGAUGUAUCGAAUGGCUUAACAAAAUGGAACCCAAGUCAGUGGUGUAUGUGAAUUAUGGUAGUGUGACUGUAAUGUCAGAUCAUCAUCUGCAAGAAUUUGCAUGGGGACUGGCAAACAGCAAGCUCCCAUUUUUAUGGAUAGUAAGGCCUGAUGUGGUCAUGGGCGAGUCCGCUAUUUUGCCUAAAGAAUUCGUGGAAGAGGUAAAGGAUAGAGGAAUCAUAACAAGUUGGUGCCCCCAAGAGCAAGUAUUGUCCCACCCAGCAGUAGGUGUUUUCCUGACACAUUGUGGGUGGAAUUCUAUGUUAGAAGCCAUAUGCGACGGUGUGCCUCUAAUCUGCUGGCCUUUCUUUGCUGAGCAACAGACAAAUUGUCGAUAUGCUUGCACCACAUGGGGCAUUGGCAUGGAAAUCAAUCCGAACGUCAUGCGUGACGAUGUCGAGGCUCUUGUGAAGGAAAUGAUGGAAGGAGAUAAGGGAAAAAGGUCGAGGCAAAAGGCUGCGGAAUGGAAGAAGAAAGCUGAAGCUGCUAAUAGUAUUGGAGGAUCUUCUCUUGGUAAUUUUGAUAGAAUGAUUAAGAAGGCUCUCCACCAUGGUUAAGUAGUAAAACUAGCUAGAUUACAAGUACCGUUAAUAAAUAAAACAAGGUUGGUUUUUCUAUCCUUACUUGAAUCAAUAUUGUAUCAUUGACCCACCUUGUGGUCCUUUCUGCUUUCAGUCCACUAAAUAAAUAAUACUAUUUGAGAUCAGUAU